AUGUAUUCGAAAUGUGGAUGUCUGGAAUCGGCUUUAGCUGUUUUUGAUGAUAUUUCUGAUGAGGAUGUCGGAGCUUGGAAUGCGAUGAUUUCUGGUCUGGCUUUGAAUGGGGAUGCCGGGAAAUCGUUAAAGUUGUUUCAACAAAUGGUUGUUUGCGGAAGUUGCUCUAAUGGGACUACCUUUGUGGUUAUCCUUACUGCUUGUACACACACAAGGAUGGUUCAGGAAGGUCUUCAGUUAUUUGAAGAGAUGAGUGGAACAUACAGAGUUGAGCCGUGUGCGGAGCAUUAUGCAUGUGUUGUGGACCUUUUGUCUAGGGCUGACAUGGUAGUGGAAGCCGAGAGGUUUAUUGAGGAGAAGAUAGGUGGAUUUGCAGCUGGCGAUGCUAAUGUGUGGGGUGCUAUACUGAAUGCGUGUAGAAUUCAUAAGAAUAUUAAUGUUGGGAACAGAGUGUGGAGAAAGCUGACUGAUAUGGGAAUAGUUGAUUGUGGUACUCAUGUUCUUACAUAUAACACAUAUAGAGAGGCUGGACGGGAUGCAGAGGCAAACAGAGUUAGGAGCAUGAUUUCAGAAGCAGGGAUGAAGAAGAAGCCUGAAUGCAACAUUAUAGAUGUGGGAAAUGGAGUUGAAGAGUUUCUUGCUGGUGACCAGUCUCAUCCACAAGCACUGGAAAUGCGCAGGCUGCUUGAUUCAAUUCUCAAGAUGGACAAUUUAGAGCACAUCUAG